AUGGAGGCACCGGCCUGCCCGGCCUUCCCCCCGCCUCGCCGGGCCGGGCCCCCCCCGGGGCUGCCCCGGCCUCCCAGCGCCUUCCCCCCGGGUCCCCUCCGGCGCCCGCCGCCGCUCGGCCCCCGCCUGGCCCGGUGUCCGCAGGAGCGGGCAGAGCCCCGGUACCGGGCGCUCUCCAGCCCGGGCCCCCUCGCCAUGGCCGUCAAUGGGAAGCCGCUUUACCCGGCCGGGGCUGCAGGCAGCGAGAAGGGAUGCAGAGGUGGGUACCAAGUGAUGCCCGCGCCCUGCCGGGAGCUCCCCAAAGGCCCGGGGUGCGCAAUGGGAGCCCCCCUGGGCGGCCUGCACCGGGUCCCCGAGCUCCCGGAGCCCCUGGGUAAGAGCAAGAAGCGCAGGAACCGGACGACCUUCAGCACGUUCCAGCUGGAGGAGCUGGAGAAGGUUUUCCAGAGGACGCAUUAUCCCGAUGUCUAUGCCCGGGAGCAGCUGGCGCUGCAGACGGACCUGACCGAAGCCAGGGUGCAGGUCUGGUUCCAGAACCGAAGAGCCAAGUGGCGCAAACGGGAACGUUAUGGGAAAAUCCAGGAGCUCCAGACCAGUCUCUGGCCCAGCUCCGGCCCCAGGAACCCCGCAGGGCUCCUGCCCCCUGAGAGCAUCCCGGCCCCUGGCCUGUCCCCGUAUCCCCACGGCAGCAUCACCCCCUUCAUGGGCAUCCCCGCCUCUCCCGGCCCCCAUCCCACCAUCAACAGCCUCUACCCCCUGCACGGCCUCCCCCCCCCGGCCAUGGGCGCCCCCCCCUUCGAGCCCGCACCCCAACACAAGUCCCCUGCAUUGGUGCCGCUGAGGGUGAAGAGCAAAGAGGCCACCAGCAGCUUCUUGAACUGGGCUACAUGA